AUGUUAUACGGUAUCCUAUUGGAAAGUUGUCGGGAUGGUAUUUGUACAGCAUACGGACACUCAACGUGGAAACGAAUUGUUGAAGAAUUAAAUUUUGAACACGACUCAUUUUCGACAUUGGGACGUUAUGAAGAAAAUCUUAUUGAAAAAAUUGCUGAAUGUUUAACAGAAAUCUUGCAUGAGGGUUCACCAGAAACUUAUAUGCAAUUUUUUGGGGAAUGUUUCGUCAGGUUUUUUACAAUGUAUGGUUAUGAUAAAAUUCUCCGAGUUGCUGGUAGAUUUUUUCGUGAUUUUUUACAUUCAAUCGAUCAAUUGCAUGACAGUAAUAGAUUCAGUUUUCCAAAAAUGAAAUCACCAUUGUUCCAUGUUACGGAUGAAGAUGAAAAUGGUGCCGUAUUGCAUUAUAAAUCAAAACGUCGUGGAUUUCAACGUUAUGUUAUUGGUCAAUUGAGAGAAUGUGGCACACGGUUUUAUAAUGAAGAAAUAUCGGUUCGAAUUCAAGAUGAUAUAUCAACAAAUGAAUACAGUCAUAUUAUUUUUCGUGUAGAAUUUAAUAAUAUAAGUGCAAAAGACACAUCGAAGCGAUUACUAAAUGCACCAACAUUGCCUGAUAUAACAAGUUCAACAUUUUUUAAAGUAUUUCCAUUUUGUAUUCUUAUUGAUCCGUCUAUGAGAAUCUAUCAUCUUGGUAAAAGUAUAAAAAAUUUAUUUCCAUCUGAUACACUUUUGAGUGGACGAUAUUUGGAAGAUGUAUUUCGAUUGGUACGACCAGAUAUUUUACUUGGAUGGAGUAAGGUGUUAUCGUACGGACGCCAUAUUGUAUUUGUCAUAGAAAGCAAAAUACCGUUAAGAUCUGAUAUGAAAUCGAAGAAAGCGCCGGGUGUCAUUCGUUUAAAAGGUCAAAUGAAAUUAAUUACAAAUUGGAAUAUGGUGGCAUUUUUAUGUCAUCCUAUAUUAACUACAACGGAAGAAAUGCUGUCAAUUGGUCUAUAUUUACAUGAUUUAAAUUUUUACGAUGGAACAAGUGAAAUAUUAAUUUCCGGCAUGCAGCAUGCGCGAACUCUACAAGUAGCCAUUGAUAAGCAACACGCAUGGAUAACAAAAUUACAAUCAUCUAAAGCAGAAUUACAAGGCUUUCGACGAACAAGUAGGCGUCUUCUGUAUUCAAUGAUGCCUCGACAUAUUGUACAAAUGUUACAAGAAGGUAUACAACCAAAUUCCAUAUGUGAAUCUCAUAAACUGAUUACCAUUAUGUUUGCUUAUUCAAUGGAUUUUAAAGAUGUUAUUCAGAAACUAGAUCCAACGCAAAUUGUUGAAUGUAUGAAUCAAACUGUAAAUGUGUUCGAUAGAUGUACCGAAAAAUUUGACGUAUUCAAGGUUGAAACAAAAGCUGAUGCGUCCUAUAUGAUUAUAGCGGGAUUUCAAGAUCGAUCAACAACUCAUCGUCGAGAAUCAAUUACGAGUGCUGCGACAACAACAAAUUCAUCACAAGCCGAUGAUACUGAUAUUGUUCUUAAAAAUGCAUUAAAUUUAAAUCAGGCAGAAGUAAUUGCCGGCUUAGCAUUAGAAUUAUUAAAAAAUUCUAAAAAUAUAAUUAAUCCAAUAACGAAGCAACCGUUUCGUGUUAAAUUUGGAUUUCAUUCUGGUUCAGCUGUUGGUGGAAUUGUUGGUAAUAAAAAUUUCCAGUAUUGUUUAUUUGGUGAUACAGUGAAUACUGCUUCUCGUGUAACAACAAGUGGCGAUGUAGGCAAAAUUCAUGUUAGCGAUACAUCGCAUGAACUUUUACAAGCAUCGCAGUAUUUUGAUCUAGCAUUUCGAGGAAAAACCGAAAUGAAGGGUAAAGGUAUGAUGUCAACAUAUUGGUUGACAGGCGCUAAACCUGCCUAUUUGAGCCAAAUGGAAGUAAUGAAUGAAUUAACGGAAAAAGAAGAGGGAGUUACUGCCACAAUGUUUCAACAAACGAUGUACAGUGUGAAUACAAAUACUGCACCGCCGCCAGAUGAGAAAGAAAGAACUAUCAGUACGUCUGAGCAGGGAAAAGACUCACCGGAUAAACCGAGUACGGAUAAUUCAGAGCUUGGAAAUAAUGCACAAGAGUCGAAUAAUAAACCAGUACCGCAAAAAAUACCAGUGGCAAAAAAAAAUGUCUUAAAUAAAAUUGUCUCCGAUAUUGCGCCUGGUCAAUGUCCAUUUUCCGGAUUGAAAACUUCUAGUUUUAUGUAA